GUUUGUUUCCAUUCAUAGGAAUCUGAUCGUCGGCCAACUUGCAGGGGAGACAGAGCUAGCUAUUAGCGAAUGAGGAGCAUGAAGAUCUUCGACUGGGUGCAGAGGAGAUUGAAUGCCGACCAGCUCCAGAAAGAUGAUGGUCUCGGUAGAAGUGGGAAGAAGAGUGAUCAGUCAGCAGCAGGAGGAACAGUUGCGAAGACAUUACUGGAACAGGUUGAUGGGCGACUUGGCAGUUGGAAAUAUGGGAUCUUGACCAUCGGCACGUUCGGUUAUGAUCCACUGAUCACCCAACAGCAACAGCAGGGGAAGGGCAAGGACUGCGUCCAUGGACUGAACUCAUACUCCUCAGGUGGCAGCAGCCAUGAAGGGAUCGUGGAUGAGGGAGAUGGAUAUGAAUAUCCGGUCGUCGAUAAUAGUAAUAGCAUUAUUAUUAUUGCCGGGGGAGGAGACGACCACAUGAAUAAUAUUGUGAAGUACGGUGAUGAUGACGAGGGGGAGGAGGAGGAACUGAAUCCGCUUAUUAUACCAGAACCAAGGGACAGCCACGUUAAUGAGAAGAAAGAUCAUUGCCGCUAUAAUCACCACCAGCACCUGCAAAAUGUAAUUUGCAAGGAUGCGGAAACCAUCAGCUUCAGAAGCAGCAGUAGCAGGAUUAAUAAUAACAUUCCUUAUUUGAAAAGGGAAACAAAAGGGGAGAGGACAACCCUUGCAGACCUCUUCUUCGCUGAGUCUGCUCAUGCCACCGAAGAGCCAAAAUUAUGGGAAGCUAUUAACUCCUCUUUGGGAAAGAAGAAAUUAAAGAAGAAGAAUGAUCAUGAUCAGUUGGAGGACGAAGAGGAGGAGGAGGAUGACGAGGAGGACGAGGAGAAAGAGAAUGAAGAAGAAGAGGAGGCUUCCCGUGGCAAGAAGAAGGCCGUGAAGGCCCAUUCAUUUGCCAAGAAAUUCAUCCCUCAGUAUAUGUCACAUGGAUCCCGCCCUAUCAAGAAACUCCACAAGUUGAUGAGGAAGAUGCUGAAGAGGAAGAUACAUCCAGAGCUGGAGCAGCAGCUGGAAGUUGGAGGACCUGGGGAGGUCGAUGGCAGAUCAGAGACCAUAGGUGCCAGGGCCAUGAACAAGACGUUGCUGCCGGUGCCGGCCGAUGAGGAAGACGAUAAUAAUCAUCAUGGUAAUCAACAACCGCUCAUGAGUGAUCUUCUCCCCAACCCCCACCUGAUCAAACUUGAUGGAACUGCUGAUGAGUCCGUCGCUCUGCUACGAACUAAAGGCAAUUAAUUAAGAUUUUGCCCUGUGAACGUACGCACGCAGGUGCUGCUGGUGAUUGUUAAGCAUGUUUAUUAUGGGUAUCGUAUUUGGUUGUACAAGGUAUUCCUUUCGAGUGAGAGACGUCGCAUAUUGUACUGUCUUUUUUUCAGGAUUUCUUCUAUUUAUACGUAUAUCCUCUGUCAAUCGGACACUCUUGCAGAAAACAAUAUGCAUGGAAUUAAUGUCUCUGAAUGUGCAUGGAAUAUAUAUUAAUUCGA